ACAGAAGAUUCGAAGCGUGUUCACAGUGUAGGAAAAAUAAGUUUGUAUUGCCGGUUCUCUUCAGUUGAGCCCGAGAGCGCGGCAGUGAAGUCGCGUAGAACGAUAACACACGAUUGAAACGAAAAAGUGCCUAACUACCGAGAAUAAGGAGUGCCUUCAGUGAAGUGAUUAACCAGUGAUUUUUAUCAGUUUUAGUAAUAUAUUUAUUACUAAGUGAACUGUAAUAUAGUGAUUUAUUUAUUCUAAGUGAUAUUAGAAGAUCAGCACUAUGGAGAUAAGGAAAUUGACCAUUUUUUUGGGACUGCUCGUGCUCGCGAUCUCACAAUGUUCAGAAGGCCACUCGAUGCAGCGGCGAGAAGCGAUAGAUGACAUUUACGAUGACCCGCUACUAGGAGAUGAAGCCACUGACGAUGAAACCAUGAACGAUACGGACAAUUCAGAACCUCAACCUCAGAAGAUAAAGGCUGUGAUAGAGACCCCUCCCAAGCAUUAUGAAGUGAAAGCCGGAGAGAACGUCACAUUGGAGUGUAAAGUUACUCCUGACAAGGGUACAGUCGCCGCAUGGUUCGCGAAAGACAGCCAGUACUUCAUGGGCAGCAUAGGCUUACAUCCUGAGGAAACCCGGUAUUCUAUCGUUGAAGACACGAAAGACUUGAUGAUCAGGAAAGCACAGCUAAGUGACAGCGGAGUCUUCAGAUGUGAGACCCUGCAGAAGGAACCCGUUGGAGUCAACCACACACUGCUGGUCUUGCAGGCGCCUAUUAUUAUAAACAUGUCUGCAUCCAACGGUGGUCGUGCAGCGGCCGGUGGUGAUAUAGUCAUCACCUGUCUGGUUGCCGCGUCUCCUGUACCCACUGUGCUCUGGUCUGUCACUAGGAAGGACCGCGGUAACGAGCGUCUCACAGAGAAGGACGCUGACUUCCAUGUUGAAGGGAACUUAUACUCCAUGCACAUCAAGGAUCUUAAGAAGGAGGAUACCGGAGCGUAUUACUGCUAUGCUCUGAACAGGCUGGGCAGCCAUCAGGCUGAGACUACUGUUGUUGUUAAUGGCAAACCACAGGUGCACGUAGCCAAGACCAUCGUGAACUCCGCGGUCCAGAUCAAGGCUGUUCUGCAGUGCGCCGCCCAUGAGGAAAUCAGGCCACACAUCCGCUGGUACAAGGACGGGCAGCUGAUCGAGAACAACAUGGCGCAGUACGUCAUCAGCACCUCGGGCUCUCACUCCAAUCUCACCGUGUCGCCUGCUGGGGACGCUGACUUCGGUACCUUCACUUGUGAGGCUGAAAACGAGUACGGUACCCACAACCGCUCCAUCGAGCUGGUACAAAGCCCUGUCGUCGAAGACCUGGACGUGAACGGACCUCGCAUGACCUGGACUGUGCACUCACACCAGCCGCUCGAAGAGAUGGAAGUGCAGCUCAAGAGUACUAAUGAGGACGGUGAUUGGACGACCAUCAACGUGCCACUCCCAGAGGCUUCCCACCACAGAUACGAAGUGAGCUUCACUCUGGAAGACAAACAACUUCAGCCCGGCAAAUACAUGGCGGUCGUUAAGGUCAAGAACUCUAAGAGCUGGGGAGGCACCAACGAACCCGCAUUUGUUACUGUCGAAGAUCCUCAGUCGCUGUACAUCCAGACUGCUUCAGUAUACCGCCAAAACUCAGCUCAUUCCAUCCGACCUGUCUACACUGCGUUAUCAACUAUUCUGAUGUAUCUCCUUGUUCGAAUGCUUUAAACUAACUAGCAUAACUUAUUUAUUGUUAUCAAAAGUAUUCGAUGUUUAUCCGAGACAAAACGAUUUACCUUACUACGUUGUUAAAAUAAAAAAAUAAACGCUUCAAAAUUUCGAAUUAAUUAUUAAGAAAAAAUCGAAAAAAAAAAAUAAUAACUUUUUCAAGUUUUUUUUUUUUUGUGGUAAAUAUUUCUGAUCUAUCAAGUUCAGAUAUUGGUAAAAUUGAAUACAGUUUUUUGUUUGUUUUGUCUCCGUUCCAUGAGUUUUCAUUAUAUUUUAUUGUACAGAAUAAAUGGUAAGGAAAAUUAAUUUUUAUUUUAGCGUAAGUGAUUUUUUGAAACUUGUAAUGUAAAGCGAAGAUACUUAAAAUUUUGGCAUCUUAAUGAAUAAAAUAAAAAACAUCUUUUUUUCAACUAAAAACUUGAUUUCGAAAAACUCUUUUUCGAUUAUCUUUGCUUAUUUUUUUCCAAAUUGUAACGCAGCAUUUUCGAAAAUACGCAGCUUUUAAUUAAUUUAAGUAAAAAUUGUUUUAAAAAUGACAGCUCCUUGAACUUUUAGUAAUGUAAAUAUUUAUUAUUAAAAUUCAUUUAAUUGUAAUGUUACACUGAAUUAUUACUAAUUUUAUCUUUUUAAUUCUUGUAACUAACUUUCAUUUUUAGUAUUUUUUGUUCCCUGGAAAAGAAAUCUGCACUUUAAAAGUAUUUAGUAAUGUCUUAUAGUCUGCUUUAGUAAUUCUUUUAGUUUUUAAAUUAGUCGAUUUUUCUCACAUUAAUAUAGUUUUUUAAUAGGUAAAUAUUACCAAAGUGUAAUUAAGAUCACAUUAGUUAUAUAUAAGCUUAUGUUAAUUAUGUAUUACAUGCUUAUUAAUUAUUAUGGAAAUAUUUAAACUGUAGAAUAAAAUAAUAAGUACCAAUCGCUUUUGAUAUAUUUGUUAAAGACGAUCACACAAGGAUGUUUACUUGUAUUUUAAAUAUUGCUAACGCUUUUUGUGUAAAUGGUUAAAAAGUACAAUAAUGAAUAGUUUAAAUGAUAAUUGUGACUUCUAGAGAUGAGUGUGGCUUUAAGAAAAAAAUGCAAAAAAGUGAAAAAAAUUGACCAUUCGGUAGUUUUUUUUCUAAAGCCAAACUUGUCGAUAGUUUUAAUGAAAUAAAUAAAUAAAUAGUGACUAAUAUUUUACAAGUCAAGUUAGCUGCCAUAAUAUCUUUGAACGCAGAUUUUUAAACUCUACUCUAUAUUUUUAUUUUUUUGAAAAAAUCCAAAAACCAGAAAACUUACUAUAUUACAUGCUUUAUCUUGUUAAUCAUAAAACAGCAAAAUUAUAUUGAAACUUUAAGUUAAAUUUAAAUAACUUUUGCCUCAAAUUCUUGUUCAAAGCGUUCAAAGUGUUAAUCGAAAUAUUAAUAAGAAUUAUAUUACCAGUUAUUAAAUGUAGAUUAUAGUACAAUGUGCCUGUAAUUUAUUAUUACAUAAAAACAAUAGUUCCAUACUUGGUGCUUUCUUCAUUAAAUAGAUAUCACAAUCUUCCAUUUUUAACUAAAAAUAUUAGUGAAAACGGUUUACCUACUAGUCUUAUUUUGUAUUACAGUAAAAAAAAACUUUAAUAAAUAAAUUACCAGUAGAAAUAGCGUUGAAAGUCCAAAAUUGUUUUAUUUAAUUAAUCGUCCUGUAUAAAAGACGAUAAGAUUCAAUGAAAUAUUUGAUAAUAUUAAUACCAGUGAAAUAGAAUUUUAAAAAAAUUGUCACCGAGAAAAUGAAUUUUAAUGAAUCGAUAAGUGAAUAAAAAAAUGUUCAAGUUAAUGCCCACACUAUUCCAUUUAUCGAUAAACAGGGUUCGAUUUAAAUAUCAAAUUUUAUCAAUUUUACAAUCGUUAUGUCGACCCUAAGAAUACCCGCACAGUGCAUACUUUUAGUCGCCCGAUUGUUUGGGCUCAUAAUCAGUAAGAUUAAUGGUAGUAGGUACACAUAUUAGAUCGACGACUAUUUGGUCGGCAGUGUGCAGGUACUCUAAAUCGAUAUGUAAUCAUCAAGUACAAUAGUCGAUAAGUUUUUAUCGAUAACACAUUCAGUCGAUGUAAUAUAUCGAUAAAUUGUAUAUGUUCACGUAAUAUAUUGUGCCUUCUUUAUAUUAAAUCUGAAAGAGGGUGAUAUAUUUUUUUCUUUAACGAAUAAACGAUUAAUGUUUGUAAAUAUAAUUAAA